UGAUGUUUUAUUGAUUUACUGCCUGGCUUGCGCUUUAUUGUGCUGAUUUUCAGCUUUAAACGACCCGGAAGUAGAGUAGAGGAAAGUGAGAGUUUGAGUGGAAAUUUGAGGUUUAACAUCUGUUACCCUAAAUAUAACAAAAAAUAUCUUAUUUCAACAUGUUUAUCGGGCAAAUAGCGACAGCCUAUUAAAGUACCGUUGACAUUGACUGGGGUCAAAAAAGCUCACUGCUUCCUCAGACGUCUAUAAUCGUUGACGAUGGAGAGCCAAAAGAGCACUGAUCUGCUAGGGAAAAGCAAACCCCACCCUUAUCGAAAGGCCAACUUUUUCUCAAGGAUGUUUUUCACGUGGCUGUUUCCACUGUUCUACCAAGGCUAUCACAAGGAUCUGUCCGAGGAGGACCUUUAUCCCAGCCUCAGGCAACAUGAUGCGACCUUCCUGGGCAAUCGCCUCUCUAGCGAAUGGGAAAAACAGCUUCAAACCAAAGAACCCUCACUUUGGAGGGCGCUGUUUGCGGUGUUUGGAUGCGAGAUGGCUUGGUUGGCGUUGUUGCAUCUGUUCAUUGAGCUGGUUUGCAGGCUGUCGCAACCGCUAAUCCUCGCCCAGCUGUUGCAGUACUACGAACCACACAGUACAAUGACCAGAAGGGAGGCCUUUAUAUACUCCGGCCUGAUGGUCGCAUCGCCAGCUCUUGUUAUGAUAUGCCAGCACAAUUUCAUGUACUACCAGUUUGUGAUGGGGGUGAAGAUAAAGAUCGCCGCCACUGCUCUGGUCUACAGGAAGGCGCUGAAGCUGAGCCGAUCUUCCCUAGCUGAUACCAACGUGGGUCAGAUGGUGAAUCUGAUCUCCAAUGACGUUUCGAGAUUCGAGUCCGCAGUCAGGCACAUCCACAGUCUAUGGCUGGGGCCCAUUGAAAUCAUCAUCAUCAUUGUGCUGCUCUACUUCUACGUUGGCCUAUCUGGAAUGACUGGGAUCAUUGUGCUGGUGCUUCUCAUUCCCCUUCAAGGUUUUUUCGGCAAAAGGAUAUCCAGCCUUCGGCUGAACACUGCACUAAGAACGGAUGAGCGGAUCAGGCUGAUGAACGAGGUGAUCCAGGGAAUGCAAGUGAUCAAAAUGUACACUUGGGAGAAGCCUUUUGCCAAACUGGUGGAAAUCAGUCGAUGGAAAGAGAUGCAGCAGAUCCGCAAAAACGCCACCAUCAAAGCCAUCGUCUACUCCUUUCAGCUCUUCACCAUCAAGGUGGCCAUCUACUUAUGCAUCGUCGUUUUCGUGCUAACAGGGAACGUGCUAAACGCCCAGUUCGUCUACGUGGUUACCUCCUUCUACACCAUCUUGCGGCCGGUUGUAAUCAAGCGAUUUCCUGAUGGAGUCACUCAUGUAGCCGAAGCCCAAAUCUCCGUGAGAAGAAUCAAGGAAUUUCUCCUACGUCAAGAGCUCGACUGGGAUUCCAGCCUGAUGGAAGUUGAGAAGAAGCCUGGGGAUGUGGAGCAGUCAAAACCAAUCACCUUGAAGGGAGUGUAUGUAAAGUGGAACCAGAAGGUGGACGACUACUCGCUUCAAGACGUGAACAUGGAGGUUUCGCUUGGAGAACUAGCUGUAGUCAUUGGACCAGUUGGAGCUGGAAAAACCACGCUACUUCACACCAUCCUACGGGAACUGCCUCCGCUUAGGGGAGCGGUGGAAAUCAACGGCUCAAUUUCCUACGCCUCUCAAGAGCCUUGGUUGUUCAUGAGCAGCAUCAGACAGAAUAUUGUCUUUGGGCAGCCGUUUGACGCUAGACGAUAUGAGGAAGUGUUGAAAGUAUGCGCAUUGGAGCGAGACCUAACACAGCUUCCUUAUGGAGACAAAACCCUGGUUGGCGACCGUGGCAUUACUUUGAGUGGAGGUCAGAAGGCCCGAGUCAACUUGGCUAGAGCGAUUUACAAAGAAGCCGAUAUUUACCUACUGGACGAUCCCCUGUCCGCUGUAGACACUCAUGUGGGCAAGCACAUCUUCAAAGAAUGCAUUCAGCAGCAUUUGAAAGACAAAUGCGUUGUUCUAGUCACGCACCAACUGCAGUAUCUGAGAAACGCCCAGAACAUAUACUUGAUGGAUAGUGGGACCGUCCACACCUCGGGCUCAUAUGAAGAACUGCAAAAGUCCACGCAUGAUUAUGCGAAAUUGCUAGUAGAGCUCAGCAACAAGCCGGAGGACGACAGUGAUAACUCCGAAGGCACAACGGAUGAUUUGAAAAAGCGACUGGCAAAGCAGGAGACCAACAGUGGACCUAAGGUGAAUAAAGAGGGCCGAGCCGUAGGGAAUGUUGCAGUUGGAGUCUACAGGGCCUACUUCCAGAAUGGUGGCCAUUGGUGCUUUGCUAUGGGAAUUUUCGUCCUCUUCAUUGCGGCCCAAAGCAUUGGCAGUCUUUUGGACUACUUUGUUUCCUGGUGGGUGAAUGCUGAAGCAAUUAAAAAAAUCCAAAAAGAGCUAGAUAGUUCGAACAACACGAUGUCCACCUCAUUUGUCCAAGACAUGUGGCUCAAGUACAUGACCACUGACCUGGCGCUGAUAGUCCAGGGUGUGUUGGUGCUCGCGCUCACAGUGUUUGCGAUUGUUCGCUCCGUUUGCUUUGUGCGGUUUGCCUUGAAAGCCUCCACCAACCUGCACAGCCGGAUGUUUGGCAAAAUCGUCUACGCGAGUCUGAGAUUCUUCAAUCGCAACCCAGUAGGGCGGAUUUUGAACCGAUUUUCUAGUGACAUGAACCAGGUGGAUGAAACGCUGCCUUCUACUAUGCUCGACUGCUUCCAGAAUGCUCUGGCCGUGAUUUCCACUACAGUGGUGGUGGCAACAGUGAAUCCAUGGAUGAUCGUCCCCAGCACCAUAAUAAUGGUGAUCUUCUAUGGCAUGAGGGUGGUCUACAUUUGCACCAGUAGGGACGUGAAGCGACUGGAAAGCACCACAAGAAGUCCUGUUUACUCCCAUUUGGCCGCCUCCCUGCAAGGCCUGACUACCAUCCGGGCCUUUGGGGCGCAAGAGGUGCUGCGCAAAGAGUUCGAGCAGCACCAGAACAGGAACAGCUCUAAGUCGAUUUUGUUCAUUGGAGUGGGGCGCAGCUUUGGCCUCUGGCUGGACAUGGGCUGCAUUCUUUACAUCUUCUUCGUCACCAUGAGCUUCCUGUUUGUCCAAACUGAUACCCUAGGAGGAUUUGUGGGGCUUUCCAUCACACAAUCGAUGACUCUCACUGGAAUGUUCCAGAUGUGCAUCCGACAGUGGAGCGAGCUGGAGAACUUGAUGACUUGCGUGGAGCGCAUCAAGGAAUACGUGGACAUUGUUCCUGAAAGUGACUCCGGCCACAAAGAUCCUCCCAGGGAUUGGCCAUCAUCGGGAAAAAUCACCUUCAAGGACCUGAGCAUGCGAUAUGCGGCAGAGGAGCCUACGAUUCUCAAAGGCCUCACUUUCACCAUCCAAGAUAGGGAGAAAGUUGGGAUCGUCGGCCGCACGGGGGCUGGAAAGUCUUCCAUUCUGAUGGCCUUGUUGAGGCUGGCUGAGAACGACGGGUUGAUUGCCAUUGAUGACAUUGAUACUCAGAGUGUUAACCUGGAAAGGCUGCGCUCGAGCAUAUCCAUUAUCCCUCAGGAGCCGGUGCUGUUUUGCGGGACGUUGCGCAAGAAUCUUGAUCCUUUUGAUGAGUAUUCGGAUGAAGUGCUCUGGAAGUCUUUGGAGGAAAUCGAGCUGAAGGACGCGGUAGCUGACCUGCCCCAAGGCUUGGAAAGUCACAUAUCUGAAGGCGGCACCAACUUCAGCGUCGGUCAGCGACAGCUACUGUGCCUGGCCAGAGCCAUAGUUCGCAACAACAAAAUUCUGGUGCUGGACGAAGCGACAGCUAAUGUGGAUCCCCAAACCGACGCCCUGAUCCAGCUGACCAUUCGCAAAAAGUUUUCCAACUGCACUGUGCUGACGAUAGCGCACAGACUGCACACGGUGAUGGAUUCGGAUAAAGUCCUCGUGAUGGACGCAGGAAACGUUGUGGAAUUUGGAACGCCCUUUGAGCUGCUCCAGAAUGUGGAUGGUGUCUUUACGGGGAUGGUGGAGCAAACUGGACGCGCCAUGGCUGGAAAUUUGCAUUUCAUCGCCCAAAAGACCUAUGAAAACCAAGAAGUCGCCUCCAUUAAUGGAUUUUAAGAGAUUUCUAUUGUUUUGUUCAGUUGUUAGACUUCACCAUAUUCCCCAAUAAAGCGCCAUGCUGCGA